AUGGCAGCAAUCAAUGCCACCCUGCCAGCAGCCGCCAUUCACAUCUCAGCUUCACUUCGGUGCGACGCGGUUUUCCAUCCGCGCCGCGUAUACCCUGACGUCUCCCUUCCGAGGACGCGCCUCGUUGCGAGGACCUCCCGUAGUUCGUCCGUCGCCGCAUCAUCUCCCUCGGAUUCAGGCCCCUCCUCCCCUCCCACUCUUCCCGAGCCACUCGUUCCUCUCGGCCAAUCAGAGCUGCGCGUGUCAGCGCUGGGAAUUGGCACGCUCCAAUGGGGCGAUCCGCGCUCGGGCUUCGGUGAACAGUACUGCGCUGCUGACCUGGCAGAGGCCUUCCGGGCGGUGCUGGCGGGCGGCAUCAACCUGUUUGAUUCUGCAGAGGUCUACGGAUACCAAAGCAUCCCAACCGGCAACUCCUCCGAGCAGCUUCUGGGAAGGUUCGUGGCGGAGGAGAAAGCAAGGAGGCUCAAGGAGGGAAGCGACAGCUCACAGUCACCGGCGCCUGUGGUAGCCUCCAAAUUCUUCACCAUCCCAUGGACCAACCUGCUCGUGGGUGGCGGGCUGCGAUUCGGCCGGCAGUCGCUGAUAGAUGCUCUCAGGGCGAGCCUGCAGCGGCUCGGCAUGGAGCGAGUUGAUCUUUACCAGAUCCACUUCCCCUUCCCCACCAUCAGCAAUGCCACCCUAAUGGACGGGCUAAAGCAGGCGCAUGCAGAGGGGCUGGCCACGGCUGUUGGCGUGUCCAACUACAACACACAGCAGUUGCAAGAGGCGCAUUCUCUUCUCGAAGCAGCAAACAUCCCGCUUGCCUCAAACCAAGUCAAGUUCAACCUGUUGGACCGAGGCACAGAGACCAGCGGCCUGCUGCACGCAUGCAAGGACCUGCAAGUGUCGCUCAUAGCCUACUCGCCCCUGGCAUCGGGCCUGCUCACAGACAAGGCGCUCACACGCACAGACAAGGACGCUGUGAAGGUGCGCCCGCUGCUGCAGCUGAUGAAGGCGAUUGGAGAGGAGAAUGGCGGCAAGAGCGUUUCUCAGGUGGCUCUUAACUACAUCAUGUGCAAGGGUGCCAUUCCCAUCCCCGGGUGCAAGACAGCCGCGCACGCUACAAGCCACCUGGGUAGCAUGGGCUGGCGCCUCACACCAGAGCAUGUGUUGGCACUGGAAGAGAAGGCUGGGCAAGUGAGGUGA